AUGGCUCCCUCUACUACAACCACAAAGGUUAACUUCCAUUCCCGUUCCAUCAGCUUACCAUCUAGAUCUCAUCCUUUCACUGCCAGUGUUGAGGAGCACUUGUGCAGAUUAAGGACCACAGAAUCCAACAAAUUAUCCGCGCUUAAAGACUUGUACGAGUGUGUGGACAAUUUGAUUCAAUCACCAGCCACACAACAAGAUCAUUUCAGCUGUGGAGAAGAAAUUCUUGGCGGUUCAAUUAGAUUAUUGGAUUUGUGCAGCACCUCAAGAGACGCUAUCUCACAAAUGAGAUCUUCUGUUCAAGAUCUAGAGUCAUCUCUACGAAGAAGAGAAACUGAUGUAUCAAGCAAAGCUGGAAGCUACUUGAUCUGUACCAGAAAAGCCAACAAAACAAUUUCCAAGUGCUUUUCUAAUUCUAAGAAAUUGAAGACUAACAAAAACACUGAGACUCCUGCUAUUGUUAGCCUUCUGAGAGAAGUUGAAGAAGUCAGCAUAAAUGUAUUUGAGUCUAUUUUUUCAUCCAUCUGCCCUGCAAAGGAAACAUCAAAGCAAACCAGAUGGUCAAUGGUUUUCAAGUCAACACAGUCCAAGCGUGUACAAUGUGAGGGAGACAACCAGAUUCAGAAAAUGGAUAUGGCUUUGGAAACCCUGUACAAGAAAUCAAGCAAGGAAAACGAUAUCAUGGGAACUCAAGAAGUCCAGAAAUGUCUGAUGGCAUUGGACAUGAACAUGCAAGAAACUCAAGAAGAACUAGACUGUCUCAUUCGAUCAUUGAUCAAGACCCGAGUAUCACUUCUCAAUGUGAUCAACCACUAG